AUGUCGCCACUACGCUUCACAAUGCGCAGCGACACCACGCCGGCAUCGACACAACCCCCGAUCGCUACAGUCACGGUCUACACCCAGUUAGACACCAUCACACCAACACCUUCCGCACAUCCGGCUGGUCGCGACAUGCCCAGCGUAAUGAUCAUUGGACUCGCCAUGAUACCCCUUGUCAUCUUCCUAGUUGGGUUGUGCAUUCUCUUCAUCUACUGGUCCCGGAAACGGAGAGCUGUACCAAAACUGCAUCACGCGCCGAGAAAGCCACCUCCCGUCCCAGAGAAGGAUCUGAAAUCCUACAAAAAUUCGAUUGCGAGUCGAAGAGGGAGUAGCAAGGUGUUUCAUAUGAAAGCCUUCAGCGCGCCCAUGGAACGUGAUGGACGUCGUGAGGCGCAAUUCUCACGACCGGUAGCCCUGCAGACCAUGGAUGCGACCGAGAACAAGAGCAGGAACGUCGAACCGCUGAAACUUGCAUCAUCAAAUGAGAACCAAGGGGUCCUCGAUGCAGACCUGGAAUCGCCAAUCGACGGCAGCAUGCCGUUUCGGCUGAAGCGUGGCGACACGGUCAAGCGGCACAGUUUGGGGACAGAUUUGGCAAAGUACUGGCCUUCGCCUCCGUCUUCUGCACGCUUGAAGACAGAUUACAGUCUGUAUCCUCCGGUCCAAUGGAAACCCCCCGUCUACCAUCGUUAG